UUGAACCUUACAUGUCCCAUCAAAUGCACUAAAAAGACCAUUAUGAUACAUCUCUUUUGGGGAAAGAAAGCAGCAGGGACGGAGAAGAAUGUGAUCAGAUGUGCUGCUGUUGAAAAGCGGCCCUCCUCUGCUCCUCUCGUCACAUCAAAGAGGUCUGAGAUAAUGGAUCAGUCCUCCGAUGAAGAGGAGCCUCGCACCUUCGUGCAGGUCAUCAGUGACAAGUACAACACUGAGAACUUCCCCCACGGCCAGGGCCUGGGCGUCGUGGUUCUGCCCUCCCCGCCUGGGUCGCCUAUCAAAGAUCGGUUGUUUUUGCCCAGCGUGCUGGUCCUGAAUGACUGCGGCAUCAGGAAAGCAGGCGACAGGUCCGACAUUGCAGUUUUCUGUGCUCACGUGGUCGAGUUGGACCUGUCCUACAAUGAGCUCCACGACUGGGCUGAGAUCUGCACCAUCGUGUCCAACAUCCCUCACCUGGACUUCCUCAACCUGAGCAUGAACCCCCUAAACAGUGUGCCGCUGGAGCCCUGCAUGGCCGAGGUGUUCACCCGGGUGCGGCGCCUCGUCCUCAUCAACACGCACGUCACUUGGGACACCGUGCACACGCUCACGCGGAACACGCCGGAGCUGGUGGAGCUCUUCCUGUGCCUGAACGACUACGACGCCGUGUCGCAGUCACGCACAUCCUGCCCGUCCCUGCGGCUGCUGCAGAUCACCGACAACAACCUGCGCGACUGGGCCGAGGUGCGCAAGUUUGGCGCGAUGUACCCCAGCCUCAGCACGCUGGUGCUGGCCAACAACAGCGUGGAGUGCGUGAGCGACACCCGGGAUGCCCUGCAGCGCCUCUUCCCCAACCUGCGCAGCAUCAACCUCAACAACUCAGGGCUGAGUAAGUGGGAGGACAUCGAGACGCUGAAUUUUCUCCCCAAGUUGCAAGAAAUCAAAGCAAAGGGUAUUCCGCUGUUGGAGCCGUACACCGCGCAAGAGCGACGCUGCCUCCUUUUAGCACACCUGCCAGAAAUCUUGGUGCUGAACGGAGGUGCGGUGUCCGAUAACGAGAGAGAAGACGCAGAGAGGUUCUUCGUCAGGUACUACUACCAAGACUGUCCGGAACAGAAACGUCCAGAAAGGUACCACGAGCUGGUAUCCAAGUACGGUCAGCUGGCCCCGCUGGCCGACGUGGACCUGAGCCCCCAGAGCACCAUAGUGGACGUGCGCUGGGGCGACAAGGUGGAAGCGGUGAACCUCCGCCUGGAGCAGACGGUGGGCGACCUGAAGAAGCAGCUGAGGGCGCUGCUGCAGCUGCCCACCAACGGCGUCCGGCUCUUCUACAUCAACCGGGACAUGUGCUCUGUGUUCGGGCCCGAGGAGCUGAAGUGCGGCUGCCGGGCCCUCCACUCGUACAGCAUCCGGGACGGGGACGAGAUACUGGUGGUGCCCAAGGUGAAAAGUCGCUGCAGCUCCUCGGAUAGAUCCCGACUGCACGGUAACCAAACGCCUGCUGCAGUGUCGGGUCACUUCCUCACCGAGGAGGAGGAGACCACCCACUCCAACCUGCCUACCCGAAUGAACCUGAAUGCUUCUUACAUUGCUCCUCACAAACCUGACACCUCCAGUGUCUGCUCUUUCACAGGAUGCCAGUGGAGGUUCCAAUACCUAGAGGAAACUCCUCAUACUUCAUCAGUGGAGGUUCCAAUACCUAGAGGAAACUCUUCGAACUUUUUCAGUGGAGGUUCCGAUACUACGAGGAAACUCUUCGUACUUCAUCAGUGGAGGUUCCAAUACUACGAGGAAACUCCUUGUACUUCAUCAGUUGAGGUUCCAAUACUACGAGGAAACGCUUUGAACUUGAUCAGUGGAGAUUCCAAUACUACGAGGAAACUCCCCCUAAUUCAUCAGUGGAGGUUCCAAUACUACGAGGAAACUCUUCGUACUUCAUCAGUGGAGGUUCCAAUACUAAGAGGAAACUCCUCGUACUUCAUCAGUGGCUGUUUCAAUACUACGAGGAAACUCUUCGAACUUCCAUCAGUGGAGGUUCCAAUACCACGAGGAGACUCCUCGUACUUCAUCAGUGGCUGUUUCAAUACUACGAGGAAACUCUUCGUACUUCAUCAGUGGAGGUUCCAAUACUACGAGGAAACUCCUCGUACUUCAUCAGUGGCUGUUUCAAUACUACGAGGAAACUCUUCGAACUUCAUCAGUGGAGUGGAGAUUCCAAUACUACGAGGAAACUCCUCGUACUUCAUCAGCGGAGGUCGAGGAAACUCCUCGUACUUCAUCAGUGGAGAUCGAGGAAACUCCUCGUACUUCAUCAGUGGAGGUUCCAAUACUCAGAGGAAACUCUUUGUACUUCAUCAGUGGAGGUUCCAAUACUUCAAGGAAACUCUUCGAAUGUCAUCAGUGGAGAUUCCAAUACUACAAGGAAACUCCUCGUACUUCAUCAGUGGAGUGGAGAUUCCAAUCCUACGAGGAAACUCCUCGUACUUCUUCAGUGGAGGUCGAGGAAACUCCUCGUACUUCAUCAGUGGAGGUCGAGGAAACUCCUCGUACUUCAUCAGAGGAGGUUCUGGUUGGAGUGUUUGGGUCUGCUCACCUGGUGGAUGGUGGUCCUCCACUGGAUGGGGCUGCGCUACGUGGAGGCUGCCGGCUUGGACUAGAGAGGGGCGACUUUGUCUGACCGGUGAAGGCAGAAUGGUGAGGCCAGUCUGCCCGGUCCUUCUGCUCUUUGUCUUCAGCAUCUUUGCUCUCACUGAAGUUAAUACUCAGGACGUCCUGUAUCCAUUCGGACCUGUCCACAUGGAUCUGGAGACCCCCAAGAUGGAUGAUGGGAGUUCUCCCGAAAUUCCUUUGCUCAUCCCUUUCAUUUUCUUCAGCAUCCCCUACCGCACCAUCUACGUCAACAACAACGGCGUGAUAUCCUUCAACGAACAGGUCAGCCAGUUCACGCCUGAGGCUUUCCCCCUGAGUGACAGCAGAUCGUUCAUCGCCCCCCUGUGGGCGGACGUGCACAACGGGAUCCGCGGCGACGUCUACUACAGAGAGUCAACCCGAGCGGAAAUACUGGAAAGGGCGACGCAAGACGUCCGCAGGCAUUUUAAAAACGUGCACAACUUUGCGGCUACCUGGGCGUUCCUCGCCACGUGGCACCGAGUGACCUUCUACGGGGGGAGCCAGACCACACCGGUGAACACAUUCCAAACUGUGCUAAUCUCAGAUGGUGCCAUGUCCUUCGCCAUGUUCAACUACCAGGAAAUCACCUGGAGCACAGGCACAGCCAGCGGCGGAGACCCUCUAACCGGACUGGGUGGGACCACAGCCCAGUCAGGUUUUAACGGCGGAGAAAUCGGACAUUUCUUCAACUUGCCGGGAUCGCGGUCCAACGAAGUGGUGACCAUCGAACAGACGACCAACGUGAACAUUCCCGGACGUUGGUCCUUUCGUGUUGAUUCGGAGUUGGUCGAUCCUGCCAAUGGCUGCAGCUACAAUGGUCGUUUUUACAGACGAGGCGAGGUCUUCUGGCUGUCUGACCGGUGUUCGCAACGGUGCCGCUGUCUCGACAUCGACAAUGAGGUUUUUUGCCAGGAAUCUCCAUGCGGUCAGCUGGAGACCUGCGAGCAUCAGGACGGAGCCUUCUACUGCCAGCCGACUCGCACCAGUACCUGCGUGGUGUUCGGAGACCCACAUUAUCACACCUUUGACGGCCUGCUCUACCACUUCCAAGGCACCUGCACCUACCUGCUGGCUCGGCCUUGCUGGGAAGUAGCGGGACUGCCUUUCUUCAGUGUCGAGGCCAAAAACGAAGACCGGGGCGUGGCUGAUGUCUCCUGGCUUAGGGAUGUAACUGUGGAGGUGUACGGUCACAGGAUCACGUUGCCCAAAGGAAGUCUGGGAACUGUUCAGGUGGAUAGUUUGGUGAAAACUUUACCGGUCCAAAUUCAGCUUGGCGCCAUCAGAGUCUACCAGUCUGGGAUGGCUGUCGCACUGGAGACAGACUUUGGACUACUUGUGACCUACGACGGCCAGCACUACGCCUCUAUCUCCCUACCUAGCUCCUACUUCAACAACACCUGCGGCCUCUGCGGCAACUACAACGACGACCCCUCAGAUGAUCCCGUUCUUCCCGACGGCACCCUGGCAGAAAGUGUGGCGGAGCUCGGUGGCGGCUGGCGUGCGGAGGACGCCGACUGGCGGUGUACAGAUGGUUGUGUUGACAACUGCACUGUGUGCGACCCGCUAACAGAAGCGUUCUAUUUUACCCCUGACUACUGUGGACUGAUCAACAAAACAGACGGACCUUUUAGGGACUGCAGAGCCGUGGUGGACCCCACUGCCUUUGUCUUUAGCUGUGUCUACGAUAUGUGCAGCAACAAGGAAAACAUCACAACACUCUGCCAAGCCGUCCAGGCUUACGCACUAGCCUGUCAGGCCGUGGGUGUUGCCAUCCGACCCUGGAGGUCUCGCACAUUCUGCACUUUGGCAUGUCCACCAUUCAGCCACUACCAAGUGUGCACCAGUGCCUGUCCAGCCUCCUGCUCGGACAUCACUGCCCCCCUGUACUGCGCUCACCCUUGCACUGAGGGCUGCCAGUGCGACCCAGGCUUUGUCCUUAGCGGCAGCCAUUGCGUGCAGCGCGAUGAUUGCGGAUGCGAGUACAACGGCCUUUAUUACCCUCUAAAUGACACUUUUUGGUCUGGGGGCGAAUGCAGCCUCCAUUGCACCUGCGGCACGGCAGGCGAAGUCUCUUGCUUCAAUGACUCUUGCAAGGAGGGCGAGGUGUGUGGGGCAGAGGUUGGCACAUUGGGUUGCUACCCUCGCAGGGAGGGGGUGUGUUCAAUGGCUCAGAACGCUGUGACAUCAUCCUUUGAUGGCGCCUUCCUGCUGUUCCCAGAUGACAGCUCCUACUACCUGCUGAGGCUGUGUGGCGCUGCGCCAGCCAACGGCUCAAUGGUGGAGGUGAAGAUAGGUAGACGGCUGGUCAACAAGGGCCCUGCUUGGAAAAGACCUGUGGUAGUUACGGUUGCUAGCCUGGAGGUUCAGGUGGGAGGGAUGGAUUUGGAAGCGGUCAAGGUCAACGGUGAACUGAUCGUCCUUCCUUACGUCCAUCCUUUGGAGACUGUAACCAUCUACAGAGCGCCAGGUAACACCACUGUGGUGGAGUCCCGUGGUCACCUCCGCGUCCUCUAUACGCAGCAGGGAUUCAUCAACAUCUCCCUCUCCACCAUAUUUUACAACACUACUUGCGGCCUGUGCGGCGUCUUCAACAGCGAUGCCAAUGACGACUUCCGUCUCCCAAACGGACGCUUGGCAGAGUCAGCCGAGCAGUUUGUGGAGGGCUGGCGCUCCUCAAUCGCCGACGACAUCACCUGUAACGGCGAUUGCGACGAGCUGUAUCGGACUUGCACGGACCUGCGUCUUUACCAGAGCUCAUGGAUGUGUGGCAACAUCAACGACCCGGGGAAUAGCUCUUUUCUGGCGUGCCACGCAACCGUCAACCCGUCGCCGUUUUUCCGGAACUGCUUGUACAACAUGUGCGUGAAGGACGGGAACCGCACCACUCUGUGCUCCUCGCUGCACACAUACGCCACCGCCUGCCAAGAUGCUCAGGUCAUGGUUGCUUCCUGGAGGACGGCCACCAACUGCCCACUCCCGUGUCCGGAGAACAGCCACUUUGACGAGUGCACCAGCGCCUGCCCGCUGACCUGCUCCGGCUUGGAUGAACCAGAGGAGCCAUGUCCGCUGCCGUGCCGCGAGGGCUGCCGCUGCGAGGAUGGCUUCGCCCUGCGGGGCGGCCUGUGCGUGGCCCGCGGCGAGUGCGGCUGCGCCAGCCACGGCCGCCAGUUGGCCACCAACCGGACUUUCUGGAGCGACUGGGAAUGCCGGGAGCGCUGCUACUGCAACGGCUCUGACAACAGCGUCUACUGUCUGCUGGCGCCGUGCCACCCUGAGGAGUACUGCCAGGAGGAGGAUGGCCUGUACUACUGUCAGCCCCGCGCCGAGGCCCUGUGCGUGGCAGCUGGUUAUGGACACUUCCUGCCUUUUGGCGGCGUUCCGUUUGAGCUGCAGAGCUCUUGCCGCCUCGUUAUGGCCACCAGCAACUGUGGGCAGGGGAGCAGGGACCACACCGCCGUGCCUGCAGACCUGCCUCAUUUUAAACUGGCAGCGCUUAAUGAGGAAAGGGACACCAGGCAGGCUGUUUGGGCGAGAGGCUUCGUCCUGGAGGUCUACGACUAUGAAGUUGAGGUGACUCGAAGCUACAAGAACACCGCCACGGUGAAUAAGGAGCGUGUGUCCGUUCCUCUGAAGCUGGGUCCGGGCAAGGUCAGCAUCUUCACCUCAGGACUGCUCCUCAUCCUGGAAACAGACUUUGGCCUGAGGGUGACCUUCGACUGGAACACUCUCCUGCUGGUGACUCUACCACGUCACCUCUACGGCGCGUCCUGCGGCCUCUGCCAGGGCCCGCCCUUAGACCCGCCCACACCCGGCACCACCGACUGGGGGUCGGCCUGGGCCGAGAAGGACGCUUUAUGCCGGGUGGGCUGCGGAGAGUCCUGCCCGCGCUGCGGCUUGGGGGAUAAAAGCGACGGGACCGUCGUCGACGUGGGCAGCGACGACGACGACCGCGACGACGACGUCAAGGCUCGAAUCCGCUUCCGCCUGGGAGAUGGACUCUACGUGUUUUUGGACCCCGAGGUCCUGGCGCUGUGCGCCAUGAUGGUGGAUCGGGAGGGUGUGUUUGCCCACUGCCACAGUAAGGUGGCGCCGGCAUUUUUUUACCAAAACUGCCUGCAGGACACUUGCUUGGAUCAGGGAGCAGAGGAGACGAUUUGUAGCUGGCUGCAGGUCUACGCCAGCACCUGCAACAGCCACGGCGUGCCUGUGACCGGAUGGAGGAGCAGCACCCCCUGUGUCCAGACGUGUCCUCCCAACAGCCACUACUCUGCGUGCAUGCCGCCUUGCCCGCCCCAGUGCGCCCCCGCCCGCGGCCAGAGGGACUGCGGCGGCGGCGGGCUGCCGGACUGCGUGGAGGGCUGCCAUUGCGACCAGGGCUACGUGGUCAACGGCAAGUCCUGCAUUCUGCCCCAGGACUGCGGCUGCUACACAGACGGCAAGUACUACGAGCCCAAGCAGCUGUUCUGGAACGCCGACUGCUCCAAGCGCUGCAGGUGCAUCGGUCGCAACCUGAUUCAGUGCGACCCGAGGCGCUGCAAGGCGGACGAGGAGUGCGCCCUUCGCCACGGCGUCCGCGGCUGCUUCGCCCGGCGCUCCGGCCAGUGCGUGGUGUCGGGCGGCGGCGUGUUCAAGACCUUCGACGGGGCCUCGCUGCGUCUGGCGGCCUCGUGCUCCUUCGUCCUGUCCACCAACUGCCACAAGCUGCCCGACGUCUCCUUCCAGCUCAUCGCCAACUUCGACAAGGGCGGCGCGCCCAACCUCACCACCAUCUCGCACAUUUACCUCUACAUCAACGAGGAGAACAUACUCAUCUCGGGGAACACCAUCAAGGUGAACGGCACGCCGGUGUCCGUGCCGUUCGUCACCGGCCUGAUGACCCGCCUGUCCACGUCCGAGGGCUUCGUGGACAUCGACUCGCCGCAGGACAUCCAGGUGCGCUACAACCGCUUCAACACGCUCAGCAUCACCAUGGGCCAGCGGAUGCAGGACAAGCUGUGCGGCCUGUGCGGCAACUUCAACGGCGACCCCGGCGACGACUACAUCACCUCCACGGGCAAGGCGGCCGCCAGCGCUCUGGAGCUGGCCCAGAGCUGGAAGACCAACGGCAUGCAGAACAGGUGCGACGUGACCCAGUACGUGUCCCUGGCCCAGUCCUGCGCCAACACGGCAGUGCAGGCGCUGCAAGGUGACGACGCCUGCCUGAAGCUGACCGAGCCGAAGGGCUUCUUCCAGCCGUGCCACGGCCUGCUGGACCCCAGGCCUUACUACCAGUCCUGCUACCUGGACGGCUGCUACAACCAACGCAGGGCCCAGGUGUGCGGCUCGCUGGCCGCCUACGCCGAGGCCUGCCGCUCCAUGGGCACCCUCACCACACGGUGGAUCACCCAGGAGAACUGCUCAGAAUGGAUCUACGACCCCUGUGCCACAGAGACCUGCACAAACUUCACCUGCGAGCAGGAGAACGGAGGCGACCUGUGCGGAUGUCCCGAGUUACCCAGCAGCCCCGGAGGCGACGACGACGUCAUACAGGCCGAGGUGACCUGCAGGCACGCCCGGAUGGAGGUGUCCAUCUCCAAAUGCAAGCUCUUCCAGCUGGGCUUCGAGCGCGGCGACGUCAGGAUCAACGACGAGCACUGCGCCGCCAUGGAGGGCGAGGACUACAUCUCCUUCCACAUCAACAACACCAAAGGACACUGCGGCUCCAUCGUGCAGUCCAACAACACGCACAUCGUGUACAAAAACACGGUGUGGAUCGAGAGCGUCAACAACACGGGGAACGUCAUCACGCGAGACAAGACCAUCAACGUGGCGUUUUCCUGCGCCUACGAACUGGACCUGAGGAUCUCGCUGGAGACGGUCCUUAAACCCAUUCUCAGCGUGAUCAACCUCGCCCUACCAACCCAGGGUGGGAACUUCAUCACUAAGAUGGCGCUCUACAAGAACUCCACGUAUCGCCAUCCCUACAGGGAGGGGGAGGCGGUGCUGAGCACGCGCGACAUCCUCUAUGUGGGCGUCUUUGUGGACGGCGCCGACGAAAACCAGCUCCACCUGGUGGUGAACACGUGCUGGGCCACGCCCUCGCGCAACAGCAGCGACCGACUCCGCUACGUCAUCAUCGAGCGAGGGUGCCCCAACGUGAAGGACAACACCAUCAGCAUGGCGGAGAACGGCGUGUCGCUCACCUGCCGCUUCCACGUCACCGUCUUCAAGUUCAUCGGCGACUACGACGAGGUGCACCUCCACUGCGAUGUUUCGCUCUGCGACGCCGACAAGGGCGCCUGCAAAGUGAACUGUCCGCCGAGGAGGAGGAUGUCCUCGAUGCUGCUAAAAGAACACAUCCUGAGUGUCGGACCUAUAAGGAGACAAGAAUCGGACUGGUGCCAGGAGGACAACGGCGGCUGUGAGCAGAUGUGCACCAGUAAGACGACUGGUCCAGUGUGCAGCUGUGUGACUGGGAUGCUGCAAGCAGACAGGCGCAGCUGUCAAACCGCCAGCUGCAGCUGCAGACUCGCGCCUGCGCUCCUCCUGCUGAGCACCGCCGUGCUUCCUGCUCUUCGCUGAUGCACGAUUGCAACGCAACACAAAGACUUGAAGACGCAAAAAUAACUGUUUGUUUCACGCAAGUAAGUCGCUCUGUUUUCGCUGUGACGAAACGGCGCCCGAUUGACCCCGAAAAAAACUUUUUUUUUUUUUUAGUAUGACAUCUUCCGCUGUCUUGUUGUCUCCUGGUGGUGUGUUUUCUUUUAUCGCCACUAGAGGGCAGCAUAGAAAAGACAUCAAGGGCCCAGUUUCCUAUCCGAGGACACUUCAUUAGGUACAGCUGCACAAUCUACUUUCAAUACAAAAUAAUUAUGAUUGUGCUUUAUUCAUGGCGUUGACUACCUAAUGUUUUGGCUACUACUUUAGUGACAAAACGAUUUCCUCCUUCGAAAAGAAAUACGGGAAAAACAUGUUUUAAAUGCAUAUUACUAUUAUGUGAGGGUCUUGUAAUACCGCAUUGUACCUCAAGAGGCAGCAGUGACAAACGCGAUUAGUGUUUUAAGGUCGUCUUGCGCCACCUGUCACAGUCAGAUUCCGUCACACAAAACCGGGCUAGUGUUUUAUUUUGAAAAGUAACAUACUUCCUAUACAAGGAUUAUCAUCCUAAAGUUCUCACAAUGUUUAUUUCUAAAUGAAAAUGCUUUUUUUUUUCCAUGUACAAAUGUAAAGUCCUUUGAUGUGUCAUGUGACGUCGAGGAGUAACACCGAGGGCGACACCGAAAAGGUACAAAAAAAUACAUGAGAAUAAAGUCGUGGACUUAAUGCUGAAAUAUUCCAGAAUUUUGAAAAAAUAACAGAAUAAAGUGAUAUUUUAGAAAUAUAUUGAUUUUAUAAGGAAAAACAGCUACUGUAAGAAGUGGGAAGAAAGUGAUAUUACAUGGGGAGGAUUUUCACAAAUUCGAAAUAACAUAUAAAUACUUAAGAAUAAAAAGUUGUAAUAUUACCAGGAAUAAGGAAUUAUUUUGCGAGAAUAAGGUCCUAAUAUUACAGUAAAAGUUGCUGUCUCGCGGCAAUAACGUUGUAUAUUGUGGAGAAAACGUUGUUCUCGCAAUAUUACGGUUUUAUUUUUGUCAAAUUGUGACUUUCUUUGUAAUUAUGACUGUUUUAUAAAAAAAAAAAAUGUCACAAGAAUCAAGCUGUGAUAACAAGUUGAAAUAUUACGAUAAUGAAAUUGUGCUGUGUUAUUACGACUUAUUCUUGUUAAAAACACACUUUUUCCUUUUUUUUUUUUUAAAUGUGACUUCAUUUGACUAAAGUUGUAAUUUUAAGGGAAUAAAGUUGUAGUACUGUAAGAAAAAAAUACAGUAAAAUUCCAAAUAAUGGUGGUAAUUUGUUUGUUCAAUACAAAAGUUUUUUUUUAUAAAGAAUACAAUUGUAUUUUUGUGCGAGUGAAGCAAUAUUACAAAAAAACAGGGAAAUCAGAAUUGAGAAAAAAAAGUAUCGAGGUUCAGAGAAAAAUUGUUUCAUUCUACAAGAAAAAAGUUGUAAUUUGACAGGGAAAAAAAUCAUUUUACGAGAACAAAUGUGUAUUUUUAUCGGAGUUAAAAUAACAAAAUAAGUCGUAACUCUACGAAUUUUACAGGAAAGAAAGUUGUAACAUUUUGACGUUUUUUUUUUUAAUCUGCCGAUUUUUUUGGAAGGGUAAAAAAUUGCUUUGAUUCUCGUAAUAUUCCGACUUUAUUGUCAAACAACUUGAUCUUUUUCGUGAUUAAACACUUUUUAUGUAUUUUUUCUGUGUGGUCCCUAAUGUUACGAGACGUCAUGCGUGUGUUUUACGGUCAUCGGUGUGUGUUUUCGGACUUUUUAAUAAAUGAAAAAGUUCUCAUCAUCCGUGCCGAAGAGUUUUUUUUUUGACCGCGCUCUUCCACACCGAACCAUGGUGGGGCGCUGCCCCCGACUGUUCCCUGUCCUCAGGCGUGUGUCCCAAGUCUUUUGUUUCCAGCUCAUGUGCCAAUUUUCUUUCAGUUUUAUGACAUAUGCCAGCCAUAAACGUCGGAACAUGACUCGGGAUGUAACGAUAUAAAAAUGUCCUAUAACGGUUAUCGUGGCCAUAAUUAUCACGGUAACGUUGAAUUUGUUCAAAAAGUACUCAAACACACUAAAAUCGUAGUUUUAUUCGAGAAAUAAUAGUUACACAAUUUCUUGGCAGAGGAAACAUUAAAUGUUGUUCUGGCUUCAUAAGAGCCAUAAUAUUUUUAUUUGUCUGUUUCUUAACUUUUAAGGAUUUGUAUCUAUUUUCUCCUCACUUCGUCACACGAGUUCACUUCCUGUUAAAGACACGUCCGUCUGUUUC